CCGCACCGAACAGUUGACCGUCUGAGCUGGCAGAGUUUGACAGUGUAGCCUUAAGUGGGUUGCACUUCGGAGGGAAAAUUGUGUAGAAUAAGAUUCGGUGGAAUUGUGAAUUAUGGUGUGUAUUAUGUGCGGUUAAACCUUGUGGAAAAUGCUGUGCCGUUGGUGUGUAAAAUAAGCGUGACAAAGCGAUUUGAAAUCAACGACAAAUAAUAUUGAAAUAAAAUAUAAGAGAAGCAGUGAAUAAAAAUUAUUAAAGUGCUAAAAGGGAAAUUUGAUUCCACGAUGAAGGUGUUUGCGAUUGUUAGUGUGGUGUUGAUCCAUCUGCUACCAGCAGCGCGAUCCGAUCAGACGGAUUUCAAUCACAUCAAUUCGGAUGGCUCGUUUGCGUUCGGUCUGAAAAAUUCCGACACACCCGGUGCACACUAUCAUACGGCCAGCGGUAAUCCGAAGACGAUCGUCCGGGGACGCUACGGAAGCCGCCAGCCGGACACGGGGCGCGUCGAGGAAACGAUCUACACGGCCGGACCACGCGGUUUUCGUGCUCGUGGACCGAAAAUCCACCGUAAGCAGAGCCUAUCCCAGGUGCAGCGCGGCCCAAUCGGAACGCCGGAGGAUCCACUCGCCGACCCGUACGAUGAUCCGAGCUAUGACUUUCAGUUCAAAACACGCAACUACCAGCGCCGCGAAGGCUCGGACAGUAACGGACGUGUGAACGGUCUCUACACGUACAUCGACGACGUGGGUGAGAAGCACUCGGUACGCUACUCGGCCGGUUCCGGCACCGGCUACGAGGUAGGUAAUCCCGUCCCGGAUGCACCGAACACGAUCGCCUACGAGAGUCCACUCUACAAAACGCACAAGCAGGUACGCGGCAAGGUGGCGUUUGAGAGUGGCCCGAGUGGUUCCGGACAGUACAAAUUACUUUCGGUGGGACCGGAUCAACGGCGAGCGGAAACAACUGGCCCGGAUGGUGUGACCCGCGGUUCCUACUCCUACCUGGACGAUAAGGGUGUGCAGCGAACGGUACAGUACAUUGCCGGGGCCGGUAUCGGGUACAAGGUGGUGCAGAGUACGGUCGGUGCCGGAACGCAUCGACUACAGCAACCCAACUUUGGCAUAAAUCACGUCGAGCAGAGUGAAAUUGCGGACAAUAAUAAUCCAUCCUACCAGACGGCUCCUUCCGGUCCGGCCAGUGAACGGCCCGGUGCUUCAGGAGCGGGCUACGAUCACGUGGCACGUCCUUCCGCUGGUGGAUACGAUGGUGGUGCGAGUCGGCCCACGGCACCCGGUGCAUCGUACGAUCCUCCAACCGGUCCGUCAGGUGCGGGCAGUAACUAUCCCGAUGGGUCCAAACCACCCGGCUAUCCGGAGAGUAGUCGUCCGACGGGGCAAGGAUACGAUGAGGAAGACUUUGACAGCAAGCGCCCAACAACGAGCUCACCAAGCUUACGUCCCCCGACAACCGAUCGACCAACCGCAUUGUCCGGUGAUUCGAGUGAAGCGUCCCGCGAAAAGUACCCACUGCCGGACGAUCCUUCGGAACACGACCUGGGCGGGUACGGAGAGGACAGCAUCAUCGGACUGCUGCCACCAAAGUACGAUUAUGAACCGGCUGGACCUGGCCCUAGUGGUUCCGAUCACGAUCACGAUCAACCCCCACUAUCCGGCCCGUUCGAUGUGGCCAUCUCGAGUGGACCGUCCGGGCCGGCACCGUACCCGAGCUUCGGCGAAUCCGCACCCGGUACGAACGCGUACAACUCGAACGACUUUUCCGGCUUUCCCGAGGUAACGUACGAUCAGAAGAAGCUGGAAGACGAUCGCAAGAAGGAUUGGCGCGAUUUCGCGAAAGAUUCCACGAUCAUUAAGAACGUGGGCGAUUGGUACGUGGGACUGGCACCGGGUGCAUCGGUCCGCGCACACAUACAGAACAUUGAUCUGCUACCGUACGGUGGGCGUGCACCGUCGCCCGGUGACGCUUUGCGGCGCGAUACGCAGGCACAGGCUAAGGCGGAUCGGGCGACCGGUAGAAAACCGUACGAUCGACGGUAGAUGGCGAAGGAGAAGAACUUUAGUUAUGUAAAUAAAUUAUUGCACAUGAGUAUUAUAGAAAUAAAAGGCGAUCGAACCGAUCGAUAUGCGAACGCGUUUCAAUGAA